AUGCCCAUAGGCAUAGCCAUCAUAGACGAGGCCUACACUGCCAUGCUAGACGCUCUACGCACGGCCACCCACCAGGUCCGCUCUUUAGACACCGAGAUCGAGGGCUUCAAGAAGUCCAUCACGCGGGAGGAGGAGCGUAAUGAGCUGCUGACAGUACUACUGAACAGGACCCAGCUGGACAGCGCCACCUCCAAGAAGCUGAUCUCCCAGAGCCACAGCCAGCAGGAGGCGCUGAAGGCCCAGUACAGCAUCUACAUGAGGACACUGCAGGAGACCGAGCAGACACUGCAACGCGUCAACACAGAGUGUGGGGUGCGCCAGAUGGAGGUGUCCUCCCUGAGGAAGCAGACGGAGAAGGAGUGGGUGCGGCGCAUCGAGCUGGAGGACCGCAUCAUGUCCAAGAUGCAGGAGCAUCUCACCCACGACAAGGCCACCAAGUACUCCCGACGCCUCACCGACAAGAUGGCUGCCCACAAGAGGGAGAAGGAGGCCCAGCUGUCCUGCCUAGAGAACGAAAUGGCGGCGGUGACGCUGGAGAGAAGUAACGUCACCCUGCGUCUGGAGGGUCUGGCUCGCACCCUCGCCUCGCUGGAGACGGAGAUGAGCCGCCGCAACCAACUGCUCAGCGCCAGCGAGGCCAGGAUCACCAAGCGUGUCACCGUCAUCGAGCGCAAGCAGGCCACCGUCAACGUUUACAACAAGAAGAUCGAGCAGCUCAUCGCCAGCACUGGGCACAAGGACCUGGGCCCGUUGGAGAUCCGGGACCUGGGCCCGUUGGAGAUCCGGGACCUGGGCCCGUUGGAGAUCCGGGACCUGGGCCCGUUGGAGAUCCGGGCCAGUACUCUGACCAAGCAGCUGGAGGGGGUGGGAGGAGAGAUCAAGGGGCAGCAGCAGCUCUGGCUGCGGCAGCAGGGGGAACUAGUGAGACUGACCCAAGAGAAACAGGCCCGGAGCGCUGCCCUGCUCACACUGCAGACCCAAUGCACCAUCCUACAGCAGAGGAAAGUCCGCACCGAGAGUAUGAUACAACAGGAGCAGCGUGAGCAGGCCGAGCUGGAGAGACACAUGAAGGAGCUGAUGGCGGACAUGUUGAAGCUCAACUCCCUGCUGAGUGAGAACAGGCAUCUCCGCCAGGCCCUGGGGCAACGCCUCAUGGAGACUGACUUCCUGCACAGACUCAAGGAGGCAGAGAGAGACUCCAUUGAGAUGCAGAUGAAGCUAGAGAGGAUCCAGGAGGAGAAGGACAGGCUGUUCAACAGUCUGGUGGAGUCAGAGCGUCAGAUCAUGCUGUGGGAGAAGAAGAGCCAGCUAGUGAGAGAGACCAGGUCGGCUGUGGACUCUGAGGUGGGCCGGGGAGACGUCCGCACCAUGAGGGCUGAGAUCCACCGCAUGGAGGUGCGCUACGGUCAGCUGAUGAAGCAGCAGGAGCGCCUACUGAGGGAGAUGGAGGGAGUGGUGGCUCGCAGGGAGACUGUCGUGAUGCGCAGUGAGGCUCAGGCACGCACCAACCGCAAGCAGCCCACACACACCGACUUCCACGGCAUCCUGCAGGGCGUGCGCCGGAAAAUACUGGACACACGGAAGCAAGCGGAGGAGUGUGAUGGGGUACUCAGGGAGCUGCAGCAGGGCCAGGCCAUUCUGAGCAGCAGUCUGAGGGACAAACAGCUGCACCUGGGAGAGCUCCACAGCGCCAGAACUGUCCUCACCUCAGACUUCCACUGUCUGCAGGACACCAAGGAGAGGAACCUGGCCCGUCUGGUCUCCCUCCAGGGCCGGGCCAAGCAGCUCCAAGCGGUGCGUGAGGGGCGCUACAGCGCCCUGUCCACCGGCGAAGCCUUGGAGCCUGCGUUGCGGCGGCAGGAGGAGCGUCUGCACACUGUGGCCACCAUCCUGCACCGCGUCCAGCAGGAGUUCCCCCAGCACCAGGGGGCGCUACGACGCAUCUCCCUAGCCCUGGCCGCGCGCCUGCAGACACCAAUUGGUCAGGAGACGCUCUGACUAUUACAUGACUGAAAACCACCAUCGUAGGAUUACCCACGGAGUAGAUGGGAGAUAGAGAUCCAUCAUAGUUGUAGGGUAUUACUGCUCGAUGGUGUUCUAUGUUACUCUGGCUGUUAGGGUUAGGGAGCUGGACUUGGGGUGGAAGCUCUCCACCUGGCCAUGUUUGGGCAAUUUAGGUUUUCAGAAUAUUUUGUUUCAGUUUAUUUUCAGUUGAUAAAAUGAAGAGUUGAUUUAAUAUAUGCACAGAUACAUCCUGCCAGCCUGUGAAAAUAAUAUUGUCCAUGGAUAAACUGAAGAUACACAUCUACACAUAUAUGAACAAUAAAAGCAACAUUUGCUAUU